AUGGCCAACACCACAAGUCUGACUGCCACAGAACUCGCAGGCUCGGUGGGCUUGAUCCUGGCUGUUCUCGUGGAAGUGGGGGCCCUGCUGGGCAACGGGGCACUGCUGGUCGUGGUGCUGCGCACGCCAGGACUACAAGACGCGCUCUACCUGGUGCACCUGUGCAUUGUGGACCUGCUGGCGGCCGCCUCCAUCAUGCCCCUGGGCUUGCUGGCUGCACCUCCUCCAGGGCUGGGCCGCAUGCGCCUGGGGCCCGCGCCGUGCCGCGCUGCACGCUUCCUCUCCGCGACGCUGCUGCCGGCAUGCACGCUCGGCGUGGCCGCGCUCGGCCUGGCGCGCUAUCGCCUCAUUGCACACCCGCUGCGGCCAGGCGGGCGGCCUGCGGGGCUGGUGCUUACCGCUGUGUGGGCCGCCGCAGUACUCCUGGGCGCGCUGUCCUUGCUUGGGCCGCCGCCUGCCCCGCCGCCGGCUCCAGCGCGCUGCUCUGUCCUAGUCGGGGGCCUCGGACCCUUCCGACCACUCUGGGCGCUGCUGGCCUUCGCUCUGCCCGCGCUUCUGCUGCUCGGCGCCUACGGCAGCAUCUUCUUCGUAGCGCGGCGUGCCGCCCUGCGUCCCCCACUGCCCGUGCGCGGAGCCCGGCUGCGCUCGGACUCUCUGGACAGCCGCCUCUCCUUCUUGCCGACCCUCCGGCCUCGCCUGCCCGGGGGCAAGGCGGCCCUGGCCCCAGCUCUGGCCGUGGGCCAAUUUGCAGCCUGCUGGCUGCCUUAUGGCUGCGCGUGUCUGGCGCCCGCGGCGCGGGCCGCAGAGGCUGAGGCGGCAGUCACCUGGGUGGCCUACUCGGCCUUUGCAGCUCAUCCCUUUCUGUACGGCUUGCUGCAGCGCCCUGUGCGCUUGGCGCUGGGUCGCCUCACCCGCCGUGCUCUGCCCCAGGUCCCCAAAGCCUGGCACCCUCGGGCACUCCUGCAGCGCCUCAAGGGACCACCAGAAGGCCCUGCCCUCGGCCCUUCUCAGGCACCCCAGCAGGCUCGAGAAUUGGGAGGACCGAGCCCACACCUGCCGGAAACGACUUGAGAGC